AUGCACUACUGCACUGUCUUGGUGUUUUUAUUAUUUGCCGCUGUCAAUGGGCUAGAGGUCGAAAAGGAACCUGAACUACUUAUCAUAGAUUUGCUGGAAAAGAUAUACGGAACGUUGCACGAUACGGCUAAAGACAAAGAUGAGAAAGCUUCGGACUUCAGCCCGCAGGUGAAAACAUCAUCAGGAACUGUUAUUGGCGUAAAUACAAAUUAUUCAAAUUCGUUUUACGCUAUUCCUUUUGCAAUCCCUCCUGUUGGAGACCUCAGAUUUCAGGCACCACAGAUGCUGAAUACACCAGAUUUAACUCGAAUUUUGAAUGAGACGAGUCGUAUUGAAUGCUAUCAGUUCCAAUCUUCCGCAGAAGUAAGCGAGGAUUGUUUGGUAUUGAACAUUCACGUCCCAAUACAAGUGGAUAUUUCUGAUCCGGAUAAUCCACCUAAUGAUCGACUACCAGUGAUGCUCUUUAUGCAUGGUGGAGCUUACCAUUUUGGUGCAGGAACUAUUACACUAUAUGAAGGAAAAUAUUUGAGCCAAGCAAUCAAUGCAAUUAUUGUGACCAUCAAUUACAGAUUGGGUCCUUUUGGAUUCCUUUCUUUUGACGAAAACGGUAAAACAAUUGAAGGAAAUCAGGGGUUGAAAGAUCAACAACUGGCAAUGCAAUGGGUUCAAAAUAACAUUGAGAAAUUUGGAGGAGAUAAGACUAAGGUGACAAUAUUUGGUGAGAGUGCCGGUGCACAAUCAGUUAUGUUCCAUUUGGUGUCAAACAACAGCGAUCCUCUCUUUCAUCAAGCUAUCAUGCAAAGUAAUCCAGCAGUGUUCACGUAUCCAACAUUGAGUGAGGCUUUAGAAACUACUGAUAAAUUAAUCGGUUAUCUUCGCUGCAACGGUCCAAUUGGAGCAUUACCAAUUCCGAACCCAAACUGUUGUCCAGACAGAAAAGAUAAUUACACAUGCAUAAUGGAUGCUGACCCAGAAACGCUUAUAUCGACAAUGGCAAAAAUGAUGGGUUCUGGAUGGAUUAAGUUAGAUCCAAUCUUUGCAAUGGAGCCUUUUCGUCCUUACAUCGAUGGCACUGAAUAUAUCGGUCAACCACUGGAACUAUUUAGAGAAGGGAAAUGGCAAACAAAUAAACCUAUCAUUUUGGGGACAAACGCCGAAGAAGUAGCUGUGAUAAAAUAUAUUAUUCCAAUACCGAAUGAAUAUAUUUUCCGGGGAUUAAAUGAAGCGCUCUUCGAAAGCGCGGGGAAAUACGAAAACACCGGAGAAAGAAUUUCUGAGAAAUACAUAGAAAUGUACGGACCCAACAUCACAGACUACGGAGAAUUAUUUGGAAUAGAAAUGACAGACAUUUGGUUUGGAUGCCCAUCAAGAGCGCUGGCACGUUACGCAUCGAGAACGACAGAAGAAUCAGUCUAUUUCUACAUCUUCAGCCACGCGCUAGAUGUUAAUAAUUGUGAAGAACUUCUUGGAAACUUCUGCGGAUAUUCGUACCACGGGCACGAACUAUUCUUUGUGUUUAGGACUAUAGAACAUAGAGGGUUCAUUCCAGAUGAUCAUGACAUCGCUGUGUCAGAUCAAUUCAGCACGUACUGGGGUAGUUUUGCCCGAACCGGCAGCCCAUCAGGCGGUCUAGAAGUUCCAUUGCCAGGAAAUUUUCAGGAAUGGUAUCCGUAUUCAGAAACCUCUACACAAAACGGCAAGCCUUGGGUGAAUAUGAGAAUCGACGAUCCUGAGAGUUACCAGGAAACUGAUUACUUGAAAGAAACCUGUGAUUUUUGGGAUAGCUUGGGUAUUUAUGCAGAUAUUACAAAUGAUGUAGAUGUCUCUACAAUGGCUUCGUUUACAACUGAUGUUCAACCGCCGGCCACAACGCAAGGUGUUGGUGAAAUAGAGACAACAAGUGAAUCUAACCAACCAUCGCCGUUCAACACCUUCAUAUUGUUCACAACAUUUUUAUGUAGCAUUUUACUUACCUAGUUUUUGUCGUAUCUAAAUAUUUGAACAGUUUACAGUGGUACAGAAGUAUGAAUUAUUGGACACGAAAUGUACAUAUGAAUCGUUUUGUUAAUAUUAUUAUGUUGGUGUGAUCUUGUUGGCAUUUUUCUUCUUGUUGUUAUCUUUCUCAUUAACUAAUUGAUGAAUUAAUCUGAAAUUUUCAGUGGUUAAAGAAGAUUAUAUUUGUCGCUAGAAGGCUAUUACUUUUAUUUAUUUCAAAACGUUUUGUAGGCUUUACGUGAUUCGUUUUUCACUUCGAAAAUUUGUGUGAUGACGACCUUGAUAUCAAUAAAAAACUAUUAGUAGCGGUUCUUCGAUGAUACACCUCAAUGAAUAAAUCACGUCGUUACAUGAAAAUUUUGCAUGACUGAUUUCGAUAAUCACGCGAUCAACGAACCCGUUCGUUUACGUGACGGUACUCUGCCGGCACCCUUGAACAGACUUUUCUAUGUGCAUUAUAUUUGUGCUUGGUUCUUCUGUUAAACUUAAUGAUUGAUGGACCGUACUUUUCCGAAUACAGUUGAGUUGAUUGCUUAGUUUGAUGGUGUUUUCCACCAGCUUAUUGUCAUGUUUUUCACGCACUGUCGUAUUGUAGGUUAUAGUCUACAUGGGUCAAAAAUAGGUCUACAUACGACAGUUUGAAGUUGUUGAAUAAAUAUAAAGAAGAUAAAUGCAUCGAUAUGAUGGGAGAUACGAUGAGACAAAGUUUUUGUGAGUUCCUAAGUUCAUGGUGGAAUCCAGUCUGAUACAUCCAAUCUUGGAUUACUUAUUACAGCAAUAUAAGCAAGAAUAAUACACUUGAUCGGUUCAAGAAUGAAAAUACUUUCC